AUGGGUACCGUUGAGAGCAUCGACAGCAGAACCCAGAUGGCGUUUACCAAUGUCUCCCAAGGACGACAUCUGUCGAUACUAAAACAGCUUCUCAAUUUCACCGGAUGUCUGAUGAUUAUCCCAGCUUUCUACUUGGCUACAAUUCAAACACUGUACCCAAUGACAAUAGAUAUCCUCUUCGGCAUUAUACUCACCGAAUGCAAUCGCUUUGCCAAUGAACGACGUCGUAUAUCCUUCUAUUCAACUUUUCAAAGGGAGAAUAAUCUCAAGAGACAAAAUCUCGGCUUUAUGAUGAAGGAAACUGUCACAAAGCUCGACUGCUUAUCGGCUGUGGUUGGGUAUCGGGAAGACCCUGCAUUGUUCACGCGAGCUCUUGAAAGUUACAAGGCAGCUCACGGUCAAGCUUUUAUGUUGGUCGGCAUUGAUGGUAGCGAUGCAGAAGAUGGAGACAUGGUAGACGUGUUUGAGAAGGUCUAUCCUUCUCAGUCUCGGAUCAUCCACAUAAAGGAACCUUUGGGCAAUAUAGCUGAACAACUCUAUAAUAAACAUUUAGCAAUUCAACAUGAGAAGGGGCGGGAGAUCAACGAAAGCGAAAGCAACAAGGCAGUGAUCCAGCAGUGCAUGAGUAUUGCACGAGUUAUACUUGAUCAACAGGGCUGCUUGAUCGACGAGCCAGACGGCAUUAGACAUAUAUGUCUUGUACAACAACACAUGCACAAGAAGGGAAUAAUGUUUACUACUUUCAUCUUCUCGCUUGUUAUUGCGGAGAUGCUCGGCAUUGAGUUCAUGUGGUCGUCAGAUUCUGACACCAUAGUGCUGGAGGACACCCUUGAGAGGACCAUCAGUACCAUUGCGGGAGAUUCUACUAUCGGCGGUGCCAGCUCAGGAUUGACAGUUCACAACGGCGAUGAUACGGUAGUAACACGCCUGGCUGCCACGGUCUACUGGGCCGAGCUAUAUCUGACCCGGUCUACGCCCGCUUGUACUGCAACAAGUGACUGCCAAAGCGGGCCUUGCACUGCCUUUCGACUAUCAGCUCUGUCGUCCAUUCUUAUGCCGUGGUAUAUGCAAAAGGUGUUUGGCAAGCGAAUGAUUGUUAAUGAGGACCGUCACCUUACGACCAACCUUCUCGUUCGCGGCUGGGGCGUUGUCUUUGCCUCUGACGUCCUUACCGCCACUGAGACGCCGACUACAGUGACACGCUGGUUGCGACAGCAAGUCCGCUGGGCCCGAGCCACGCAUAUCGAAUCUCUUCUUAUCCCUCGUGUCUAUGGCAUGUCUCAUCCAAUGGCGUUCUUCGCAGCAGCCAGACGUGAAUUUGGACCUCUAGUUGUGGCGGUGGCCGUGCUCUCAUACUUCCUCACAUCGCACAAGCUGCUUUACUUCAGCUACCCGGACCUCUUUCUUCGAAUCGGCAUUACGACAAUCUACAAUAUCUUGCGCAAUCCGGAUAGGUUGAGGCUGGCCUUGUGCUGGUAUGUUGUGCCAGGCAUGUUCUUCUAUAAUAUCCCUCUGCCAGCAAUACACAUCUGGAGUUUGGUGACAAUGACGGCUGAUACGUGGGGAACGGCAAUGAGAGCGAGCACGGAGAUUUCCAAGAAGGAUAGUAGUCGGAAAAAGUGGUUUGAGACAGGCUUUUUUGUGGUGUGGAUGGGAAUUGUCGGGGGUACAGUGGCCAGGUGGCUGGCGAACGAGUUUGGCUUGAACCAAGGCCAAACGCUUGUCUCCAUGCUGUGCGGCAUCUGGCUUGCAUCUCUCUGCUCCUGGAAGGCGACCAUUGAGAGUCAAUAG